AUGGAAACAGAAUCACUGGUUCGUUGUGCUGAUACUGUGCUCAUGCACUCUGGCGGCAAUUGGAUGUAUGGUGAAGUCGCUGCUGACUUGACUCGUAAUUCCAAACUGAUUUCAAGGGACUUGGAACAUGUUAUCAGCACAGAAGAGGCCGUAUUUUAUUCUAAACAAGCAGCUGGUCAUUUGCUGCCCAAUGUAACGCACAAACCAGCGGUAGAAUCGGUGUAUUAUGUAUCCAAUCACCACAUUAUCGAACAGCAGCCUCAAAUUGUGCCUGCUUAUAGAGUGCUAGAUGUAGCAGAACCAAUCCAAACUCGCCGUAUUAGAUACAUUGAUGCAACUACAGGUUCCAUUCUGUCAUCCAUACCCACCCUUCACAAAGACUCCGGGAACGUAUACACAAUGCCAAGCUUUGUAAAUUACCGCCCACCUACCACCGCUCCUUCUGCCAUUGUAUUGCCAGAUGUAUCCGGUGCUUCAACCACAAAUGGUGGUUACGGUAUCUUUGGCAAGUAUUUCAGGAGUAUGAAUACGUGCUUUGCCUACAAAUGUAAUCCAGGUGCUACUCUUUACGGCACAAACGGGUCUCAAACGCCAGGCGCAUGCAACGAAGAUGGGUCCAUGUGUGUUGAUCCAACUUCUAAUAUGACUGCAGGAUUUGAUUAUAAUACAACGGAAUGGUUUUUUACCAUAGACGGCAAGUUUAUAGAUUUUGAUAGAAAUUGGACUGCCGAUGGCUACGAAAACGGAGCAUUGACGCUUGUGUGGAGGAAUGCACCUAUAUUCGCACCCAGGCUCAAGUUUCCCGCUAAUGGCAUCUGGGGAAGUGACACAAACUUUGCACAAUACUACGGAACAGAGCAAACGGAUUCCUUCUCGGAGCUACAAGUCUACUAUCUUAUGAACCUUCAUCUGUCGUUCAUGCGAAAUCUCACGAAUGAUAACAAUUCUGUAUUUUGCUUCUUUGGAUCUGGACCCACCUGUAAUCAGAUCGACCCUAAAUCAAACAGGACCGCCACCGUGUUUGAUACACCUCUGAAAUUCACUACAAACUUGCAAAACCUCGUCUUCACACCGUCCCCUGGUUCUUCCCAUCCGGAUUUCUUCACACAACUUAGCCAAGGCCUUGGCAAGAAUCAUCUGUCUCCUAUAGCAUUCUACGAAGCUGGUGAUUAUGCAGAUGCUUACUACACCUACUCUGGAUUUAUUCCACCUAACGCUACGGCAGAAUUUCGAGAUUGUACAGGAGGAGCCUGUCUUUCCAUAUACUCGAGCUAUCUUGAUUUUUUUGCAUUUGGCCAGACCAGCCUCUAUGAUUGGGGCUUGAACGCUUGUAUUGUCAUGCAUGAGAUGACUCAUGCGUGGACGCAAAAGAUCAUUCCAGAUUUACCGUCAUUUGUUUGGACUUCGCAAGGUCUUAUAAGUGAUCCGGGCGCCUUAAACGAAGGGUGGUCUGACUAUUUUGCAUUCAUUCACUGUGGUCUUGCGGAUUUCACCAAGUCGUACACUGGUACACCUCGCAGAAGUUUAAUCAAUACUUUGACCUGUGCCGACACCGUCGGCGAGGUUCACGCAGACAGGCAAGCAGAGCUACCUCUAAUCUUUGAGAAUUGGGGUAUGCUAACAAUGAUUUGUCGCAGCCAAAUAUUUACUGGAGCUCUAUAUGACAUUCGAGUUGCAAUUCCACAAACUGCAUCCUUGUCAUCUGCAGAUCAAACCUCAUUUGAUCAAGUCGUAUUACAAGCUCAAGCUUUAGCUCAGGCCUCGGAUACGUUUGUUACUCAAAUGACCAAGAUCUUGACUUUAUUGGAAAAUCAUACACGUCUGAAUGUAAUGGUUUCAGUUGCCAACGAGACAUUCUCACGAAGGGUAUUCAACUGCCAGCGAGUAACGGCUUAUGACGAGACAAAAGACUCGACCCUAUUCAUUGGUGCAGCUGAUACCAAUCUGCAAGUAUCAACCACACCAACUCAAUUCUUGUUGUCUCCACGAGUUUCGGACUUCGGAGCUCGUAUUUCUUGGUCGCAAUGGUACUUGUCCCCCAUAUUGGGACCCCUGUCAAUAGGCAAGUCCAAACUAUGUCAUCCGUACAAGAGCGUAUCGAUUUCGCUCGCGCUCAAUCUGACUGUCAGCAAUAUCACAGCAUUUGAUUCGUGCUCUCUUUUGCCGCUGAGCUGGACUACUGCCACAUUAUCACCAUCGAAUUUGGCGGAGAUCCGAUUGUCUUUUGAUCCAGGUGCCGCAUCAAGAAUAUAUAUCUGGGUCUUUAACACAGCACCCGCCACGCUCGUAUUAUAUAGUAUGUCGCUUCAAUGGGAAGGAUUCUCGUAUUUGUGGUUGAAGACUAUAGCUGCUAUCGGGUUCUUGGGUGUGUUGAUUAGCUUGAUACUCCUUGUCAUAGUUGUCUGGCGCUCUCUUAGGUUUUGGAGAGCGAAGCCAAUGCACGCAUCAACCUCCAGAAAUAAUACGAACGAGGUAACCAGUAUGGAAAAUUUAACAACGACCUCCUCUGCAUCUUUGCCAUCCCCAGCGCCUAGUGUACCCAGGAAAUCCGAACCUAAGACCAUCAUAUAUGCAGCUUUCCAAAUAGCGUCGACGCUAGCAAUGGCUACUGUUGCAACUUUGGGACUGAUUUUUGGACCAUUCAGAUCCGUCUCGAUUGUAAUUGCUUUGGCCAUCACCAUAAUUCCUGGGUUAGUAGACAUCCUACACUCUUAUAGAAAGACGGGGCUGUGGAGGAAAGUAUUAAUAUCGUCGUCUUCCGUGGCGUCCUUGUCGGCGCUGGCCGCCAUUCCAUCAUGUGUUCUAGCAUCAACCCCCGUGGCCGCGCAUGCCGUAUUAUAUUCGAUAUUUAUUGUAUCGGUCUGUGGCCGCUUCCUCGCUUGUAUUUUAAUAGUUUUUAGUAUUUAA